AUGCCACCAGGACAAUCCGACCGCCGAAAAGGCUCAAAAGCAAAAUCCCAAUCCCAAUCCCAAUCACAACGAACCCGCCAACCACCGAAACAACCCGCCCGGAAACCAAGCAAUGACAGACCAAACCCCCAAUCAACCAAGUCGACACUCGACUUCAAUGCCAAAAUCCCAAUCCCCUUACAGCAACUCAUCCUAGACGUCUUCAAAACCGCCCUCCUCCCAUCCAACCCUGCUCCCGCUCCCGCAGGCGCAACCGCAAGCACAUCGCAAGAUACCUCCAAAGAAGACCACAACGACCCCACAAACGGAGCAGAACUAGACAUAAAAACCCUAAUCCAAACGAUAAAAACACACCUCUACCAGCGGGACUUUGAUUCCGCGUUCACGGAUGCGGGCGAGGACUUAUUGCGCGCUUAUGCGUUGCGGUGGAGUGCGGCGCGCGCGUUGGGGUAUGCGGGUCUUUUUAGAGCUGUGCUGGGGUGGAUGGCGGGUGGGAAGUUGAAUACGGGAAAGGGUCGUGAUUUUAUAUCUCAGGCUGGGAAUGAUCGGACGAGAGUCGUUUGUGUUGGUGGUGGGGCUGGAGCGGAAAUUGUUGCGCUUGCUGCUGCUUGGAGAAGUCUGAGGCAGAAGGGGGAGUUGGAGAGGGAGCAGGGAUUGAAGCUGGGGUCGCUUUCUUUGAAAGACGAGGGGAAUAGGGAGGAGAAUGAGGUUGAUGCUAUCCCUGGCUCUUCUUCUCCAUUUUGUCCCUCGGCUGGUCUUUCGGUUGCGGCGGUUGAUAUUGCGGAUUGGUCGGGUGUUGUUCAGCGAUUGGAGAGGACUAUUAAGUCUGAUGCUGUUUACACACUGCGAAGUUCCGAGUAUCAGCCGCCUCUUGUUCCGCCUGGAGAAGGGGAUAUUGAUGAUGUUUUGAGUGUUUCGGAGGAUGAGUUGAAAGAUGUGCUUUUGGAUACAGGCUCAUCUUCUCUUCUCGUAACGCUUAUGUUUACGCUGAAUGAGCUGUUUUCUACUUCCAUGGCUAAGACGACAGGGUUUUUACUUCGCAUGACGGAAAUUCUUCCUUCGAAUGCGGUGCUGUUGGUCGUUGAUAGUCCGGGUAGUUACUCGACUCUCAAGAUGGGUAAGGAUAAGGAUGGGGCUCCGGUGGAGAGGAAUUACCCCAUGAAGUUCCUUCUUGAUCAUACGCUGCUUUCAGUGGCAGAGGGGAAGUGGGAGAGGGUUUAUACGGAGGAUUCGCGGUGGUGGAGACGUGAUGCUGAGCGAUUGCGGUAUAAGGUUGGAGAGGGUGCGGGUUUGGAAGAUAUGCGAUUCCAGUUACAUUUAUACCGCCGGCUUUGA